GUAUCAGUGUAUUUAAUAGUUGUAUGAUAAUGCUAUGUAUUGUGGCGCUCUGGUGCACCUUUGACUCUGCAGGCAGAAAGUGGGUCAAGUUUAAACGCUACCAGGAAAGCAUGAAAGAAAAGGCACACAGAUCACGAAGGUCAGGUAGCGCUCGUAGAAACUGGAGACAAAGGUUGCUACAUCCUAGGGAAAGGCAGCAACAUUACCAGUGUCAGUAUAUGCAGAGGAAAGCAAUGAGAGCUUAUGAGGAAAGUUGGGACAGGAGACUAGGACUCAUGUGUUGUUGUGUGGAAAGAAAAGGCAGAAAUAAGGUACUUAUACAAAUGUGCCAAAAUGACUCAUCUGCCAUUCCUAAUGCAAGAUAAAAUUCUUAACAUUUGUUAAACAAAUAGAAACGCCAGUCUGAUAUCCCUUGCUGUCUGUCCCACUGCUUGUCAACUGACAAAACAAUGGA